AUGAAGGACCUGCCGAGGCUGGGCCACCUCUUCGUCUGCGUCUUUCUCUACCACUUCUCCGCAUUCAUGGUCCUCCCGGCCAUCACCGACGUCACAAUGGCCGCCCUCUGCCCCGGCAGAGACGAGUGUGGCCUCGCCAUUUACCUCAGCGGCUUCCAACAGGCCGUAAGUCUCUCUCUCUCUCUAUCCCUUCCUCGUUCUGUAACUCUGCUCAUCGUCUUCUUCGUUCUGCGUCCAUGUUCUUCAUCUACUCCGCCCUUUCUCCCGCAAAGGUGCAGCUUAUCUGAGGACGCCCCAUUUAGAGCAUAGUUUAUGAUAUAUUUUAACGAGAAAUUGGAACGGGAGGGAUCGCUAGAAACUCUUCGCUUCCACGUAAAGAUGAUCGCUUCGCUUCCAUCGGAAGAAGCCUCGUGCUCCUUCCUCCCUGACGAAACACGCGACGGAUCGAACGAGCGCGGGGGUAUUCUGUAGAUUCUCUCUCAUGAGGUUUCUCCCUUCCUCUCCUUCCGCAGAUCACAGGGAUGGGAACCCUCCUGUUGACCCCCCUCGUCGGCAACCUCUCCGACCGCUACGGCAGGAAGGCGCUGCUCACUGUCCCGAUGUCCGUCGCUGUCAUUCCCCUCGGUAAGUACACUCUCUCUCUCUCUCUCUCUCUCUCUCUCUAACUUCCUCUGGGGUGAGAAGAAGGGAGAAGAACACGUUUGGAAGGUGAACACGUUUGGAACGUAUGAGAGAGGUUUUACAAGCACCUUCUUUAGAGGUGGGCGGAGGGAAGAUGGUGAAGGAGGCUUCGGGUUCACAGUACGGAGCAGCCUUACUACCGGAUGUGUGUGUAUGAAAGAGAGAGAGAUAGAUAGGUAUACACAGAGAGAGAGAGAGAGAGCGAGGGUGGCUUUCGCUACCUAGCGGAGGAAGUUUCUGGUUCACUGGGACAAGGAAGAGCGAUGUCGGCGAAUCGUAAGAGAGGGAGGGGACCACGGGCUUUUUCUCAGGGAUAGUUUAACUGGAGACUCAAGAGAAGGUUUAUAUACAAUAAAACAUCUUUGAACUAUUCAUGUAUAAAAUUCCAUCUUGAUAAGUAAUUUAAUGUUUUACCCUUUUUCAUUGCUUGACAUCCCCUUUAAAAUAAUUCUCGUUGUCAUCCUCGUUUUGCAAUUCAAUUUCAGCAUAUGCGCUAAUGCUCAACUUACCUUCAUUAUGUCAUGUUAAAAUCACUUUAUAAUUUCUUAGAAGAAAAUAAUCGCCAUGAGUUCAAUUUUUCCUAGCUAAAUUAUUUCAUUAUCUACAAUGCUUUCUUCUUUAUCAUGGUAUCUCCUAAAACUUAGGAGAUAUGAUAGAGAUAUUUGAUUUUGGGCACUUUGACUUACCCUUGAGAAAAUUGUUCAUUCUAUAAGCUCAACCCAUUAGUCCUCAUCAACAAGUAAGCCAUCAUAUAGAAACCCAAUCAAUUGUUUCAAUUUUAAUAUUUUGAGUAGGCCAAUGAAUUGAUUUUUUAAAUUAUUAAUUAUUAAUAUUUUAGGGUAAAUAUUCUUAUUCAACUAUAGCAGAUUGAUUGUCAUCAGAUAAAAUAUCCAUUUUAGUGGUGGAUAAUAUUUUUUAAUAAAUAAAUAAUUUAAUAUUUAAAAAUAUUUUAUAAAAUAUAUAUAGGAAAUCAAAAUAGAAUUUUAUAUUUUUUACCAUGAUUAUUUUUUCUGUAAAUGUAUCGUAAUGUGUGUCUGGUAAUACAUUUAUGUUUUAAUUAUUGAUAGGACCUUAACUUGAUAGAAAGAAGAAAUCUCAGAAAAAUUUGUAAAUAAAUUUCAUCAUGGACCUAAAUAAACAUGUUUUCUCCAUUAUUUUAUCCAGUACAUAUUGAAAAUCAUGUUAGAUUUUUAUUUAUUUUAUAGAACCACUUUUGUGUGAAUAAUCGCCGACCUUGUCAUUUAAGUUAACAUCACCACUUGGCUACUCCAUUACCACGUCAAUUUCUAGGAUUUUUUGUUUUUAUUCAUCCUCAAAUGGUUGACUUAUUGGUGAAUACAAGUGUAGUAUUUAUUAUUUUCAAAUUUUUAUUUUACUGUAAUUUUUGAAUUAGGGUUUAAGUUAAUAAUUUAUUAUAGGGUUAUACGUGCUAUUAUUUCCUGGAAGAGGGAUUAAAUAAAGCACUUGGUUAAGGAAUGACUUUAUUAAAAUUAAAAUAGUCUCGAAGAAAAGGGAGUUUCUCCGAACACCAAGAUUUCUGACGUUCCCCGAUGGGUUGGUUCUCUCAGGCGUGCUGGCGUACAGCCGGAAGAAGACCUUCUUCUAUGUCUACUACGCCGUCAGGAUCGUCGCCGGCAUGUUCUGCGAGGGCAGCAUGCAGUGCCUGCCCAUUGCCUACGUGGUGAGUCCCUCCUCCCUCCGGCCUAUUCUCAAAUGCAGCCCAUCACCCUCAUUUAUCUUGUCGAUCUCUCGAUGGUCAUGAACCAAAAACUUGCAGGCGGAUGUGGUCGGUGAGCGGCAGCGUGCAUCCGCCAUCGGCGCGCUUUAUGGCGUAUCCAUGGCCGGAUUUGUUUCUGGCACUCUGAGCUCUCGUUUCCUCUCCACUACGCUCACUUUCCGGGUUUGUGCUUGAUUCCUCGUUGUCUUCCCCGUCCCUCAUCCUCCUUUCUCUUCUCCACUCCUCCCCCCCCUUCUCAUUGGCGGCCUUCCAAAUGUCCUCGGUGUCGUGUGAUCUUCUCCAGGUGUCCGCUUCCGUGGCAGUGGCCGCCGUGGUUUACAUGAGGGUGUUCCUGACGGAGUUCGAUAAGGCUAGAAGCGACGACAUCGAUGCGGAUUCCUCGCGGUCGAUCUUGGGGGCUAAGAUUUCUGAGCCUGAUGUUCAUGGAGAGACACCGUUGCUAUCCUUUACCAAGACUCCUUCAGUGUGGGACAUGAUCCACUUACUGCGGAGCAGGUAAGUUUCUGUUUUUCGUUCCCUGAAGUUAUGAUUUUCGCAUUUCUACAUGGGUGAGGAAUUCUUGCUCUUAUUUUAGUAAAUGGUGAGCUUAUAAACUAUGCAGCACGACGGUUUCAAGAGCGGCAAUUCUUGCAUUUUUGAGCAGCCUUGGUGAUGGAGGUCUACAUGCUUCUUUGAUGGUACCUUCCUGAUGCUAUAGAUAAGAAACCACACACUGGAAUUUAUACCCAGAGUACAAAUGUGAAAUACAUGCAUUAUAUUACUGUUGUGUGAGAUAUUUUCUAACCACUUAGUUAUCCUAGAAGACGAAAAAGAAGGAAUUUUUUUUUCUUUUAAAGACUUUCGGUUGCCUUCAAAAAACCCGCAUUAACCGAUGAUGAAAUUACAGGAUGUGCUCUAAGCCUUUCUUCAGUGGAUGUUUCAGGUUGUUUGGGAAAAUUUACUUCAUAGGAAAGCUCGUGUAUUUCUCCGAAUUAACCUUUUAUUUAUUAUUUUCUCCCAUUUAAUAUCUCUUACAUUCAUUGCAUGGGGUAAAUACCUAGUAAGUAACCUAAUAACAUAGGGGAGUUAAUAAAGUGGAUCAUUAGUAGAUACAGAUUUAUAGGAUGAAUGCUUCUAUUUUCCCUGCGUCUAGAGCUGUUAUCCGUUUCGUAUGUCUGCCUGCCCUUAAAAUCCUGUCAGUCCUGAUCAGUUAUUUCCAUCUUUUAAUAUGAGCAGUACUAUCUAAAAGCACGGUUUCACUUCAACAAAGACCAGUUUGCUGAUCUACUAUUGAUUGCCGGGACUGCUGGAGCUGUAUCUCAGGUACGCUCACAGUACUGUACUCUAUCAUCCAUGGCCUUGAAAUUAUUUUGUGGCUUCCUAUUUCAUCAGGAGUUUGUUUCAUAUUUUUUUCAUUUAUCGGUGUACAUUGAAUGAAAAAUAAUGAUACAAAUAAAUGUCUAUCAGCCUACGUUAAUCUAGCAUUAUGAACCCUUUUUUUCAUCUAUUUCUAGCAGAUUUUGUGCCCUCUUGUCUAAGAUUCAAUGUGUUCUGCAGUUGCUUCUAAUGCCCAUACUAGGGCCUUCUGUGGGAGAGGAGAAGCUGCUUAGCAUUGGGCUCUUUGCAAGUUGUACUCAUGUAAUCUUCUUCUCCGUUAUCUACCCUUUGAUAUUCUGUUACAUUGCAUUAUUUCUUGUUGAGGGUCUUGGAAGAAAUAAAAACUGGUGGGACUGAUAUGAUGUUCUGUGGAUGCAGAUAUUUCUAUACAGCAUAGCUUGGGCCUCUUGGGUAGUUCUCUCAGCCUUCACAGCCAAUGUUUUCCAUGUCAUCAUAGAGUACCUCUUUUCCAUGCAUCUGCUCAUGAUUUUUUUUUCAUAUAAACUUUCCGGCUUUAUUUGAUUGCUAAUUUCUUUACAUUGUUCCAUGUUGUCAAAUGCCUCCUAGAAUACGUCUCUCUUAUUACAAUUUGCUUCAUUUAGGAACCCGAUCUAUGCAAAAAUUUGAUCCUUCUUUUAGUGAUGAACCGAAUUUGGCAUGCCACUCCCGUUUUUUCAAAUAAGUAUACAACUUUUUUUGACGUGGAAAAAUGGAAACAUACAGUAGCUAAGUGCACAAUCCAGUUUGCCUUGUUCUUGUCCGAAGCGGAUGGUUUUGCUAAAGCAUGGAUUAGAUCUGGGGAAGUGACUAUUAGCCCGUGUUUCUGUUGAUAAAAAGAUCAUAGAUGUCUUCUGGGAUAUUUUGUUAACCUUGUAAGCAUUAUUGAAUAGUGGAAGGAUGUUCUGACCUAUCCAGUGGAUGGGCAGAGAUGACCAACCGUCAAACUUCCCUUAAAUGCCAAAUAAAAAUUAAUUAUAGGUAUUUGCCAACCUUACUCUUCUAUGUAGGAUUGUAUCCGAUGCCUUCCUUCAUUUUUCAGUCCUUGAAGAUGUCUGCACAUAACCUGAAUUUUUUAAUAUCCUUGAAGCACUUCUUCGAUACGGAUUAUCAUUCAAGAACGGGGACGUACUUAUAGAUUCAUAAUACUCCCGAAUAUCAAUCCUUUUCGAACCAUUACUUGGAAGUCAUCCUUUUUAAUUGGCUCCAUCUGCAUAGUGACAUCUCCUUGUCUGACAGCAAUUUAUUCAACUAACUUUGCCCAUGAGCAGGUCCCCUACAUGGCUUCUAUGUUCGUAGUCAUGAGUAUCUUCAGCCAACCCUGUGUAAGUUUCACAUCUGUACAUCAGCCAGAGACCCGAACAUUACUUAGCCAAGCCUGAAACAUAUUCUUUUGUAGAUAAGAAGCAUCGUAUCAAAGAAGGUUGGAUGUGACGAGCAGGUAUUGCUGCUCUUGACUUGUGAUCUGUUGAGAUAAAUACUCUCCCCUGAUUAUUCCUUCACAAAUUCUCGCAACCACAGGGAAUGGCCCAAGGCUGCAUCUCAGGCAUACACUCCUUUGCCAACAUCCUCUCUCCAUUGGCCUUCACUCCUCUAACAGGUAUCAGGGCGGAAGGCACCGAAUAAACCCAUUUUAUUACUCGGAAUUUUCCAGAAGUUAAUGCCUGUUUUUAUAUGUUGCCCAGCUCUUUUCCUGUCGGAAAAUGCGCCCUUUUAUUUCCCUGGAUUCAGCCUGAUGUGUGUAGGAUUCGUCUCGGUAAGCCAUAAUCUCCUCCAAUUUGAGGUCUUCUGCAUUGAAAACCCUGGUUUGACCGAUAUUCACUAUCCCACCCAGAUGAUCGCCUUCAUUCAGAGCAUUGUGAUGGUGAGGCCUGAUUCACAAGAUCGCACAGCCAGAUUCGGCAGCGGCAUACGACACUAG